AUGGACAACAGCACGCAAAGCGCCCUCCAGGGCUGCGUGACCUCUCUCCGCUCCAGCAUGCAACUCCUAGAAUCCAGCAUCAACAUCCUCGACUCCGGCGUCAACGACUACCCAAGACUAGGCAAAGUCCUCCAAACAACACGAGUAUGUAUACUCUUCCCCUAAACCUCCACUUCCCGAGCUAAUUGGGAGGAAUGGAAGUAGCAUUUCGAACUCGUCUCCGAACACGACCUAGCAACAGCCCAGUCAACCCUCCUAUCCGAAAUCCAACCCGAAGUCACGGGCCUCUUGUCCCGCGUGGAAACGUACUUGGAUAAACUAGAACGGAGGGAGAAAUCUCUGAUCUCGAAGGCGGAGCUUCAGGAAGGGAGAUUGGCACAGCCGUCGAGGGUAUCAAAGAGUCCAGCGAGAUCGAGAAGUGCGUCGGGGAGUGGAGGGGGACUGGGUCAUUUGGAAGAAAUGAAAUUACAACAGUUGAGGCAGAAGAAGGAAAGGUUGAGUUAUGCGGUUGGGAGGCUGGAGAUGCAGGCGAGUCAGCGGCAGAGGCAGUUGAGGAAAAGUAUGGCUGCUCAGUGA